AUGUGGUACGGAGCGCGGGCCUCAGGUUGCUAUGUGGUACGGAGCGCGCGUCAGAAUCGCCACGAGUUCUCUCGCACCACAGUGGUCUCUGAGGCUCCAAAGGGACAAGGUCCCCGGACGGCCUCGAGCUCCAGGGACGCAGGAGCCAGGCCUCGACUUGGGCCUCAGCACCGGCCAGAGCUCACUGUGGUCCGUCCCUGUGAGCUCCGGGCCUCUCCAGGGCGGCUUCUCUCUAUGCAGACAGCGGAAAGAGGAGAAAUCUUCUUUAUGAGAAGCCCGCCUGGGGCCUUGAGAACUGUGGGUUCCGGUUGCUUAUUCUGGAAGUGGUUCCAGGAGGCAAAGAUGAGGCACAGAGGACAGAAACAGCAGAUGAGGAGGAAAUUCAGGAGCUGGCCCUCUUCCAGCACAGCCGGGCUCAGCCAGGACAGCCCUCUAAGGGAUCUUCUGGAUUGCGCCUCCCAGGGACGGGAGCUGGAACCUGGACCCCACCAGACACUGCCGCUCCAUGGCUGGGAGUUGUGGCCUUGGAUAAGCAAUCCCUGGCCCUGGGGCUGCCUGGCCCAGAUGGACCAACUCCAACACUCUACAGGGAAGGCUGCAGCAGAUGAGCUGGGCCGCUAAUGGUCGCACAGGAAGUUCAGAAUGUGGCACCAAAGGUCAUGAGUCAUCUUUCAAAUGCUGUGCUGGAGGCUAUGAAGACAGUAACGUGGACACAGUCUGAAAGGAUUGAGAGAUAAUCCUGGGUAUAGGGGAGAUUCAGGUGAGAAGGUGAUGGGUGAUGGAUUAGAAAGAAAAUCUGAUUUUGAGGAGGCUGAAGUAGGAGGAUCACAGAUUUGGAUC